AGCACCGUUCAAAUAAACAAGCUAUUAUUGCCUACCAAAGCUAACAAAUGGAGACACUAUACAGUUUACUUGGCUGGGAGUGGAUGGACUACAGGAGUAUUUUGAUAUUUCUGUGUGUUUUUCUGUUGUUGACUGAUGUUUUGAAGAACAGAGCUCCGCCAAAUUUUCCUCCUGGACCCUGGGCUCUUCCUUUCCUUGGUGACCUUCUCCGCGUUGAGCCCCACAGAUUUCACCUGCAGAUCGGAGAGUUUGCAGAGAAGUAUGGAAACAUUUUCAGCCUUCGGCUCUUUGGUGGAAGAAUUGUGGUCAUCAAUAGCUACAAGCUUGUGAAAGAGGUCCUUAUCCAAAAAGGAGAGGACUACGUGGAUCGCCCCAUCAUACCAUUGUUUGACGCACUAGUUGGGAAUAAAGGUCUAGUGAUAUCGAAUGGCUAUCUCUGGAAGCAGCAGAGGAGAUUUGCUAUUCGUACACUCAGAAACUUUGGUGUGGGAAAGAUGUCCCUGGAGCCAUCCAUCCAGCAGGAGUGCCAGUACCUCACUGAGGCUGUUGCCCUUCAGCAAGGCAAGCCUUUUAAUGCCCAGUCACUGAUAAACAACGCUGUGUCCAACAUCAUCUGCUGCCUGGUGUUUGGGGAACGCUUUGAGUACAAUGACAAGCAGCACCAGUGUGUUCUUCAGAACUUCAAUGAGCUAUUGUACUUAGAGGGAGGAAUAUGGGCACAGAUUUAUAACACAUUACCCUGGCUGAUGAAGUGGCUGCCUGGACCUCACCAGAGGAUAUUCACUCUGUCACAAUAGUUACUCGACUUCAUAGAAAUGAAGAUCGAAGAACACAGAGAAACCUUUGACCCCUCCGCUCCAAGAGACUACAUCGACUGCUUCCUCAGAGAGAUGGAAGAGACGGAGGACAAAGAUUCUGGGUUUGACUUAAAGAACUUGAGUUUUUGCACUCUGGAUCUGUUUGUUGCUGGAACUGAAACUACCACUACUACUUUACACUGGGGACUAGCAUACAUGAUCUACUACCCUCACAUACAAGAGAGAGUCCAGGCGGAGAUAGAUACCGUCGUUGGUUCAUCCAGGCAGCCAUCUCUGAAUGACAGAGAAAACAUGCCCUAUACUGAUGCUGUCAUCCAUGAAAUGCAGAGAAUGGCCAACAUUAUUCCCCUCAAUUUGGUCCACAUGACAAUCAAGGAGACCACACUCGACAAGUACACAUUCCCAAAGGGCACCAUGGUCCUGCCUGCGCUGAUCUCCGUUCUACGUGAUGAGUCAAUGUGGGAAACUCCAAACUCCUUCAACCCUCAACAUUUUCUGGACCAGGACGGCAAAUUUAGAAAGAGAGAAGCCUUCCUUCCUUUUUCAGCAGGUAAGCGCGUGUGCCUCGGGGAGCAGCUUGCCAGGGCGGAGUUAUUUCUCUUCUUCACAACCCUCCUUCAGAGGUUUUCUGUAUCUCCACCCGCUGGAGAGCAGCCAACUCUUGACUUCAAGUUAGGAGCCACUCUCUGUCCCAAACCUUACAGCCUCUGUGCCGUCCCACGAUAACCCACCAACUGUCCCAAACUCUAAAGAAAUCAACAACGUGAAUCACUAUAUAUCAUUGUUAUUUUCCUAUAGUCUGAGUAAAACAUGAUUUUUAAAGUAGUUUUCUUCUCCUCAAUCAAAAAAGGCUUUUUAAGUAAAACCUUCGUGUUAUUAAUAUGAUCUACUGAAUUGUAAUAAAAUCCUUUUCUAGUUUAAAAAAAAGCAUCACCGUGAUCUAAAUUCCUACUUUCCUUUCUACUGCACAUUUGAUUUUUGUUUUGAUUGGCUGAAAUUUAACAUGUGAAAAUAAAUGAUACUGAGAUUCA